UCCUAAUUGUGUUUGAUACCACGAAGAAAACAAUUCUACCGAUCCAGAAUCUUGAUUCACCUUGUUGCCUCGUCUCUUGAGAAAAGGUUCUCAACCUCAAUAACCUCUCGGAUUUCUUCCAUUCUCUUUCCUGUUCCUCAUCAUCAUGGCUUCCGCCUACGAACACCCGUGGUUCUGGUCCACCUUCAUGGUCAUGGCGAUGCUUGUUCUUCAUCUACCUGUCGUUGUGGCAGCUCGAGUUGACAUUCGGUUGAGUUUUCCUUUCUCUCGUUUACAGGAUUGGCUUCUAGUUGGCACCACCACCACCACCACCAUCACCAACAGUACUACUCGUAAUGUGACAUACUGACAAUGUCGAAAUGGAACAGUGCGAUUUCUACCGACACUCCUCCUGCUCCAAUCGUUACCAAAUCAUCAUCUGCCACUCGUACCGACGGUUGUACUUUUACUGCAUUCACCGAACCGGUCAUCGCCAUAGGCCCUACCAAGACCGAAUACACCUUGACCACUUACACUUCGGCCUUGUAUGAUUGUGAUGGAUGUGAAGAUAUUGAUGUGGUUGUCUUGGGUCACAUUUUUGUGAAAGCAAGUUUCACCACAACUGUGACCGCAACAAACGCUACAACCGUCACCAAUGCUCGUUGCAGCCCGACUCCUCUACCUACUUCUUCUGCUUCUCUCGUGUCUAUUUAUGGACGUAAUGAUUGAACCCGUCGCUUGUUCAUCACACACGACCACCUUUUGUAGGAUGGGAGACAUUUUGCCAGAUGGGACAUACUCAAGUCUGAUAUGAUUGAGUUUCCAAGAGAAAACAUUCGAAUGAACACAAGACACAGACUCAGAGAUGGUGUACAUCUUUUAAGCCUAAAUGAAGGAAUACAGGUAACAUGUGAUACUACUCGGUAUCAGUAUCAGUAUGGGUUAUCACUAUCACAAAUCACCGUGGCCCAACAACGACAGACUUUGCAUCACUAGUCUGGUGUGGCGGCAAGGGUUGAUACCAAGUCAUUCCUUUUUAACAGACAUUAAUCAAUAUGCUGGUGGGAAACAUGGUGAUGGAGAUGGAGAUGGAGACUCGAGAGUCGAGAGACAAGGUCUUUGCAAAAAAAACAAUGGAAGACACUGAGAGAAGUGCUGCAACAAUCAAAUGGGUCAUGGUGGUAUCUCAUGUGUUUUGAUCAAAAACUAUUGAGUGAUUACCAGACAGUUGCUGUGUUUUUUAGAAAAUGAAACAAGAAAAAUACUAUGGAAUACCAUACUAUCAU